AUGUGUGACCAAUGGCUAAGUGAUAUGGAUAAAGGCAAAAUAAAUGGAGUAGUAUUUUUGGAUAUUCGUAAAGCGUUUGAUUCUAUUAACCAUAAGAUUUUAUUGAGAAAGCUAAAAAAUCAAUUUGGAAUACAUGAUAUUGAACUGAAAUGGUUUGAGUCCUACCUAACGAAUAGAGAGCAAGUUUGCUUGAUAAAUGGCCACACAUCUUUACCAAAGAAAAUAAGAUGCGAUGUCCCCCAGGGUUCAAUUCUAGGACCAUUGUUAUUUUUACUUUAUGUAAACGAUAUGCCAGAUCAUUUGAAAAAAACAACUCCGUAUCUCUAUAUCUCUAUGCAGAUGGUACUCAAAUUUCGUCUUCCUCAUAUGAUUUUGAGACAUUAG